AUGUGCAGAAUGGAAGACCCGAUUGAGCUCAUUUUAUGUCAUGGAGGAUAUAUGGAUAUGACAGGGGCUGUUCCAAAGUACGUUGGAGGUGAUGAAGCUGUGGUGAACAUGGUUGUCGAUGUAUUGUCCUAUUUCGAGCUAACAAAGACUCUAAUUGAAGAUUUAGAGUAUGUCUCCGUGGAAAGGCUUUGGUACUUGACUCCGGGUAAAAGUAUGGCCACUGGAUUGCACGAAAUUCAUUCAGACGCGGAGGUUAUGAAUGGAUUACUCCCAUGUGUAGCUAAAGGACAGGUGAGGGUCUACUUUGAAGCAACAAAAGACUUGGUUGAUGAUGGAUUUAUGGGUGACAACUACGGCCAUGAGCAUGAUGGUUCUGAUGAGGAUGGUGAAAACUCGGCUGUACCUGAGUUUGUUCGAGUAGGGGAAGAAGAUGAUGCCCAAACAUCUGAUGAAGAGUACCAUGAAAUCAGGCAGAAGGUUCAAAACAGGAGACAGAAUUAUAGAGCUCAGAUUCAGGAUUCGGGUAAGGAGGUUGAUCAAGUGGUAUUGGAGGAGGAUGAGGGCAGUGAGAAUGGAGGGCAGAAUGUGAGUGGAAGUGAAGAGCAGAAUGUGGGCAGUGGGAAUGGAGGGCAGAAUGUGAGUGGAAGUGAGGAGCAGAAUGUGGACAGUGGGAAUGGAGGCAAUCAACCAUCUCAAGCUGGUGAAGAUGAUGCAAAUAGUGGGGGAUCAAUGAAAACUGAGGGGUCGUUUGCUUGUUGGAUUUGGGUCAUGGAUUUGGUACCAAAAUCCCAAGCUUGA